UGACGGUGGCUUGGCCAUGAGGUGUUUUAGUUACGUCUGAGAUCAUGGGAUUAUGUCAGAGAGGAAAUAUCCUUACACUGCAGAGGUGGGCCCUUGUGAAUACCAGAAUGCAACAAAGGAAGCCUGGUGCAAGGGCUUCAACAGAGUUCUACAAAGAUGGUGAGCUCGGUGUCACCUAUGAUUAGAUUUUUUUUUAAAUUGAACAUUUAUUUAACCAGGCAAGUCAGUUAAGAACAAAUUCUUAUUUACAAUGACAGCCAGCAGGGAACAGUGGGUUAACUGCCUUGUUCAGGGGCCAAAAUACAGAUUUUUACCUUGUCAGCUCGGGGAUUUGAUCCAGCAACCUUUCGGUCACUGGCCUAAUGCUCCAACCACUAGGCUACCUGCCGCCCUAAGUAUACAUGUACAUUCCCGUCAAGGUUACACUCUCCAGAAACAGGUAAUAGAUUAUCUCUUUUGAGAUUGUAGUAGUUUAACGUUAUUACAUUGGACUCUUCUGCAAACGUAUUACUACAAUUUCAGGUGUGAACCAUUAAGCAACAUAUAAGUAAGAAGAGAAAAUAGUCCUAGGCUAGAGGUACAUGUGUGUAAUUUUGGGGUGUAAUUCAUAUGUUUGUGUAAUUCAUACAUUGCUCUCAAUGCAUGAUUCCAAUUUUUGUUUGAUUAAGAGCACAUUACAUUUAUUUAUAAUAAAAUACAUUCACAGCUAGGGUAUCAUAAGUUGUGUUGUAAAACCCUUAGUUGCUUUGUCCAUUUUUGGACAUAUAAAUUAAUGAUACAUAACCCUUGAUUCUUGAAGAAUAUAACUUAUAAAUGCCUCAUGAGCUAGUUCAACUGUCGUAACCCAAAUUUUGGUUUUACUCCAAUGUUUGUAAACAAUGUACUGUAAGUGUAACAAACACUGUAUGGCAUCUAAACAUGGUAAAAAUGAUAAUUUUGAUGUUGUUGUUGGUCAGUCCUUACAUCCAUUGCUCUGUCUAUGAAUUUGAGAAUGGUAACAUUUCUCCAGGCCCAUCACUGAGCUUUUAAGGUAUGUAUUAUAUCACUCUGUAUUCUCACUCUCUCACUCUCUCUCAAGUAUUAUCAAUAGGGACUUGCUUCAUAAAGUACUGUAGGUCAAAUUUAUCCUCCGGUAGACUCCUUUUACAGGUAGUGUGUGUGUGCGUGCAUUUGCAUGUUAGGGACUUGCUUCAUGCAUGCCUGUAGUAGUUGUAAACAAGACAAUUCCUUAACACUACUAGGACGGCUUGGAUUGAGUUCCAGUCAGUCAUUUGACUCUCAUGGUCUGCCAACAGAUGGCAGAAUUGUCCAGCAGUUGUGCUUUGUCCAGCAGUUGUGCACUGUAUCUCAGUGCAAGAGGUGUUACUACAGUCCCUGUUUCAAAUCCAGGCUGUAUCACAUCUGGCCGUGAUUGGGAGUCCCACAGGGCAGUGCAGAUUUGGCCCAGCGUUGUCCGGGUUUGGCUGGGGUAGGCCCUCAUUGUAAAUAAGAAUUUAUUCUUGACUGACUUAUCUAGUUAACCCUUGUGUAGUCUUUACAUUCUGUAUACUCCCCUUGUCCCAAGGGUAAAAAAUUACCUGCCUUCACUAAACCCCUAAAACAAAGCAGCUAAAUUUAAUUUUAAACCCCAAAUCUCAGUGGACACCGCUCGUUUUUAUUACAACACACCUGUCAUAAUUAUUUUCUUGACUAAAGUUGAGGUUUAUUAUUAUUAAUGCUAAAGGUACUGCAUAGGUAGCAAGAAAUGGCACUUGUAUAGCCUAAGAAAGUAGCUGAAAUGUGCAGAAAGUAGUUUUGAAUGCAUUUUAUUGAAGGGAAACAAUAACAGCCUUGAACUCUUUUGGCAACAUAGUGAUAUGUUCUUAUAUACUGUACAUUGAGGAAUUCUGUCACGUUCUGACCUUAAUUUCCUUUGUUUUGUAUUUAUUUAGUAUGGUCAGGGCGUGAGUUGGGUGGGUUGUCUAUGUUUGUUUUUCUAGGUUUUGGGAAUUUCAAUGUUUCGGCCUAGUAUGGUUCUCAAUCAGAGGCAGGUGUCAUUAGUUGUCUCUGAUUGAGAAUCAUACUUAGGUAGCCUGGAUUUCACUGUGUGUUUGUGGGUGAUUGUUUCCGUGUCUGUUCGCCACACGGUACUGUUUCGGUUUUGUUCACGUUUAUUGUUUUGUAUUCAUUGAGUGUUCAGUUCAUGUUUUUAAAUAAACAACCAUGGACACUUACCACGCCGCAUCUUGGUCCGAUCCUUGCUACACCUCCUCUUCAGACGAAGAGGAGGAAAACCUUUACAGAAUCACCCACCCAACAAGGACCGAGCGGCGUGGUAAAAAACAGCAGCGACGACAGCAGCAGCAGCAGCAACAGCGGCCAGCAUCACAGGACUCCUGGACAUGGGAGCAGAUACUGAACAGAGAGGGACCCUGGGCACAGGCUGGGGAAAAUCGCCGUCCUAAAGCAGAGCUGGAGGCAGCGAAAGCUGAGCGGCGUGGUAAAAAACCGCAGCGACGACAGCAGCAGCAGCAGCAACAACAGCGGCCAGCAUCAGAGCAGAGUCUGGACUACACGACUUGGGAGGAGAUAGACAGGUGGGCGGUCGACCCAGGGAGAGUGCCGGAGCCCGCCUGGGAUUCGAUGGAGCAGUGCAAGGAAGGCUACAGGAGAAUGAGGUUGGCGAAGCCAGCACGGCAGUACGAGAGGCAGCCCCAAAUUUUUUUUUUUUGGGGGGGGCACACGAGGUGUGGUACUAAGCCAGGUAGCAGACCUGAGCUCACUCCUCGUGCUUAUGAUAAGCAGCGCAUUACUGGUCAGGCACCGUGUUAUGCGGUUAAGCGCACGGUGUCGCCAGUGCGUGCCCAUAGCCCGGUGCGCUAUAGGGCAGCCCCCCGAGAGUGCCAUGCGAGUGUGGGCAUUGAGCCAGGGCGUAUGGUGCCUGCUCAGCGGUUCUGGUCGCCGGUACGCAGUUUUGGUCCAGGUUAUCCUGCGCCGGCUCUGCGUGCUGUGUCUCCGGGGCGCUGGGAGGGUGCAGUGCGUCCUCUGCCUGCGCUCCGCUCGUGCUGGGCAAAUGUGGGAGUGGAGCCAAAGGGAGAGGUGCGUGUAGUAAGCACUAGAUCUCCCGUGCUUACCCACAGCCCGGUUCAACCUGUGCCUGCACUCUGGAGGGUCCGGGCUAGAGUAGUUGUGCAGCCUGGGGAAGUGGUGCCAAGGUUGUGCUCCAGUGCUCCCCCACAGCCCAGUCUUUCAGGCUCCUCCUAACACCAAGCCUCCUGAAGGUCUCCCCAGCCUGGUGGUUCCUGUGGCAGCCCCACGCACCAGGCUCUCUCU